AUGUAUUCACCGGAUCAACAAGCAGAAUAUGCUGAUCAUUUUAAUCAAAGGCAACAACAACAACAUUCACAACAGGAUAUGUCUCAUACAACCGUAGCAGCAGUGCCGGUGAUAAACCCUAAUAGUAGCCGAACGCCAAAUCGAAUGUUUAGCCCAACUUCAUACCAACCACAGCAACAACACCAUCAUCAACCACAUCAAUUUCAUCAAAGACAAAGCUCGUAUGGUACAGUAGCUUCUGCUAUUGCCAUGAGCUCACCUCGACAGCAUCGUACAGGUGGCCUUGCCGCUGCUGCCGCCGCUUAUGCUGACAGUAAUAACAUUAAUCAACAGAAUUGGUUUGGAACAAGUUUUGAUUCUACUUCAUCUUUUGGUCAGUCUCCACCUCAUAUCUUCACAACAACUAGUGCAUCAUCAGGCGGAAGAGGUGCAACUGCAGGCGCGGAUUUGAUUGUUUCCCCUUCCACAUCCUCAACACAUCUUGAUCACACUAGUUUUGCUGCUGCUGCUGCCGCAGCGGCGCAUGCAGCAGUAUCAGCAAGUGUUAGUGGUAGUAGUAAUAAUAACCCUAACAGCAUUACAGAAGAUGAAGAAGCUCAGCAGCAAAGAAACUUGCAAGAAAUGUUCGAAAAGAGACGUCGACGAAGAGAAUCUCAUAAUGCUGUCGAAAGGCGCCGAAGGGAUAAUAUAAAUGAGCGUAUUCAUGAACUAUGCACACUACUACCUGAAAGACUGUUGGAUACAGCCCCUACAAGCUCAAAUGUUAUGUCAGUUGCUAGCGGCCAAGUGGGUGCUAAUGGUAGAGCAAUCAACAAAGGCACAAUUUUGAAGCUGUCUGUUGACUACAUAAAGGAAUUACGUGACGAAUUGCAUCGAUGUGAGAAUAGAAUUCAGGAAUUGGAACAUAUUGUCGAAAGCACCAAAAGAGACGAAUUAGUCUAUAAUAAUCAUUCGAACAAUAUUAACAACAGUGUUAACAAUAAACUAACUCAACAACAUCAAUUGGAAUUUAACAACCGUAAUAACAACAAUAGUAAUAUGAAAAAUCUACAGCAACAACAACAAGACACUGGUAACCAUAAUAAUAGUGGUGGUGGUGGCGGUGGUGGCGGACAUCAAAGGGUAGGCUCAAUACAAUUCAGACAGCAAUUUGAUAAAAUGCAAAUUACAACAAACAUGAAGAACGAACCUCUUUGA